AUGACUUAUGAACCACUUAGUCGUCGAUUAGCUACCUUAGCUGCUAUUUUUGCAUUCUUAGGUGUUUUACUUGGUGUUAUUGCACUUGCUACCAACUAUUGGACAAUUAAUACCAUUGUUAGUGAAACUAGUAAUGCCACAAAUGUUAUUGAUUCACACACAAGUGGUUAUAUGUGGAAUGGUCUCUUCAAAGAAUGUAGAACAAAUAUGUUUUGCAUUGCUCGAUUUCAAGCAACAACAUUCAUUGUUUGUCUUAUGGGCCUUUUAUUCUUAUUAGCUGGUGGUAUCUUUUCAGUUCUUGACAUUCCAAAAGCAAGUGAUCGUCGAUUUAUUACUCCAUUAUUAAUGUUUGUUGGAUGUGUAUUAAUGACAGCUGGCUUAGUUGAUUAUGCUUCAAUGAAUUUUCUCAAUUAUCAUUCAUCACGUGCAAUGAUUGCUGCUAUUGUAUUUGCUUAUACAGCUUUACCUAUUGCAGCAUUUGUUGCUGGACGAUAUUCAGCAUUAGAACGAGGUGUCCUCAUUAACAAUGAUGCCCAUAGUACACAAAAAUAUUCAGCUACCAAUGGCAAUGGCCUUUAA